GGAGGAGAGUAUAGCAGCAGAUCUGAAUAAACACUGAAAGAGUCAAUACAUCGUAUAUUUGCCUCUGCUGGAUUUGGAUCACAUUUGAAAUGCACAGAUGAGAACGUUUCAGAUGUUGACAGGUGCUGUUUAUCACCAUGGCGUCCCUUCUGAUGUUUGUCACGCUGCUUCAUCUCAUCACACUGGCCGUUCUCUUUAUCGCCACCAUGGAGAAGUCCUGGUGGGUUUGGCAAGGCACAGAAAACUCAGACCUGUGGUACAACUGCCGAUUUGACAAUGAAACCGAGGCGUGGUUUUGUGCAACAUCACACGAGACAGAGUGGCUUCAAGCUGUGCAGGUUCUGAUGGUCCUGUCCGUGGUUUUCUCCUCCAUUUCAUUCCUGAUAUUCCUGGGACAACUCUUCACCAUGUCUAAAGGAGGACUCUUUUACCUCACGGGCAUCUGCCAGGCAUUUGCCGGCCUCAACGCCUUCACUGCCGUGCUCAUUUACACCCUGCACAAUAAAGAAAUCCUUCAGGACUCUCGGGAGUUGAGCUCGGGACACUUCGGCUACUGCUUUUUCUUGACGUGGGUUUGUGUACCUUUGCUCCUGUGCAGUGGAAUCAUGUACAUCCAUCUGCGCAAAAGGGAAUAGCAAUGAGCCUCCAAAAAAAAAAGACAAGCCAUGCGAAGAAUGUUUGCUGUUGACAUACUCCACUGAGUGAUUAUAUACUUCAUGAUAUCUCUAUGCAACAAACAAGACAUUUAUUUUUCUCUUAUUUAGACCGUAUUUAAUCAGACAUAAAUAUACACAACUGAAAUAUAGCCCCACGGCCCAUGCCAAAAAUCAGCUCAACUUGCUUAACUCUUAAAAGGCAACCAUGACUAAUAUAUCUGAUUAGCUGAAUUAUAUCUAAUUUAAUAAUAAAACGGGCCAUAUAACGUAAUCUCAUUUAAUACUGGAGGAAUACUUGUAUACAUUAUGGUGGAAUCCAUAUGCUAAAAUGUUAAGAUGUAUUUUUAUAAAUAAAUUCAAUUAAGUCAAUAA